GACCGGAGCGUGAUUGCUCGGCGCUUGUGGCCAGGAACAACGCACUGUUUUGAUUCUUCUUGACGAGAAAGCAGCAAAAGCGAGCACAAGCGCUGCCGACGUAUUCCUGGGAACUCUCUGACCUCCCGCGGGACUAUUUUCACCCUGCGAGAAAUGGAACACGCUGGGAAGAAAAGAGGAAUUGUGAUCAAAGACGACUGGCCGGGAUACAGUCUGGACUUGUUCACCUACCCGGAGCACUACCGCCACGACAUCGACAACGUUUACAUUCCGCACGGGGUGGUCGUGAACAGGACGGAACGGCUGGCCCGCUACAUCGUGGAGGACUUUGCGGACGACAACAUCGUGGUGCUGUGCGUGCUGAAGGGCGGCUACGAGUUCUGCGUCGACCUGGUGGAGUGCAUCAAGGUGCUGGGACGCAACUCCAACAAGUACCUGGAGACCCGCGUGGAGUUCAUCCGCCUCAAGAGCUACCUGAACGACCAAUCAACUGAAGAUCUGCACAUCAUCGGCAGCCGAGAUCUGUCCUCCCUGCGCGGAAAGAGCGUGCUCAUUGUUGAGGCCAUUGUUGACACAGGCAAGACAAUGAAGGCCCUUCUGAAGCAUGUGGUGACCUUUCAACCCAAGAUGGUCAAGGUCGCGGGUCUGCUGGUGAAGAGGACGCCCAAUGUGGACGAGAACCUGACUGACUACGUGGGCUUCGAAAUCCCCAACCGCUUUGUGGUGGGCUACGCGUUGGACUACAACGAGUACUUCCGUGACUUGAACCACAUCUGUGUCAUCAGUAAGAUCGGCAAGCAGAAGUACAAGAGAAAGCGGAGCAGACGAGGACGUUGGUGGCAGAUGGCGAGAGAUUAUUCAAGUUGGCAUCGUCCAGGGCCCGCUCUGACUCAUGGAAAACACACACACACACAUGCGCAUAGACAAACAUGAUAUGCUUGUUCAAUUAUGAGCAGGCGCCUCACCAAUCUGAUCAAAUCAGACAACACCAUUGAAUUGUUUUUCAAGGAAUUCCAUGUCUAUGUUUUCUAUUAUUCACGCACUCCGCGGGCGAGGAGAGAGUUGUU